GACAGGGAAAAGGAAUAAAAAGUAUGGAAAUAAUGUAAGGAAAGAAAAUGUAACGAGCAAAGGAAAAAUGUAACAUGAAAAGCAGAAUAAUGUAAAUUGAAAAUGGCGCGGUAAAGGAUUAAAUUUAAAAAGGGACAGAUGCAAAGUCCCUAGAGUACGCCACCCCUAAAUGGGGAAACCUAUAAUGAAAUGAAAUGAGAUAGCGCAACGGUCUCUUAUUAAAUUGACCAAUGAGUUUUUACGUCAUUAGUAUACUGUGUCAUGCUGAGAAACUGUGGGAAUCCCUCUUAUUCAAGACAACAUAUCAUAUGAGAAGCUCUGUUAUUACGAACAGUUAUUAUAUAGAAGAUCUACUCUAAUUAACUUUAAUACAAGUUUUUUUAAAGUCAGGAAUGGAAGGCACCAUAAAACCUCCGGGUCCAUUAUCCAACAAAGGAAAUAUGGCUGAAAAUUGGAUGAGAUGGAAGAAAGAUUUUAUGAUCUUCUUGGAACUUAGUAACUUCAUUGAUAAAUCCCAAGAUAUAAAAGCUUAUCUUCUGAGAAACUACAUAGGAGAAGUUGGUCUAAAUAUUAUACAGAAAAUGGUUUUUGAAAAUGUAGCAGAUAGAGAUAAUAUAUAUGCAUUACUAGCAAAGCUUGAUAGAUUCUUUAAUCCUGUAAAUGAAGUUGAGGCUAGAUAUAACUUUUUUACUAGGCACAAACAAAGAAAUGAAUCUAUUGAAGCUUAUAUUACUGACUUAAAAAGGAAGGCAGAAACUUGUAAUUUUGGGAAGUUGACAGACAGUUUAAUUAGAGAUAAAGUAGUUGCCAAUUUAACCGAUAAAAUACUCAGGAAAAAGUUGUUUGAAGUACAAAAUCUUGAUUUGCCAAAAUUAGUGUCAAUGUACAACGAACAUAAUGUUGUUAUAACACAAACACAACAAGCUUCCUCAGAAGAUACUAAGCAGAAAAAGGGAAACUCGUACUGUUGGAGAUGUAAACAAAAACAUCCUUUCAAUCGUUGUCCUGCUUGGAAUUUCAAAUGUUCAGUUUGUAAUGAACUUCAUCACUUCAAUUACUGUUGUCCAAGAAACAAUCCUUCAAGUAAGAAAAGACAGGAAACAAAUAAAUGCAACUUUCCUACUGCACCAUUACCCACUACCUGUGACCGAGUUUAUCCGGAUUUAAGAUACGUUGAUACACCCGAACAUUCGCCUAUAAAUGGACAGGGAAGUACGCAAACAGCACACGCAAAUCCCAAUGUUAAAGAGGGGGAUGCAGUAGAGAAUUCAUGUAUACUCUCAUAGAAGUAUUAUACGGAAAUCAAAUUUUUAUCAGUAUAUGCGACAACAUAACUUUUUUAUUAUAAAUAUAUGAUAUCUUAAUAUAUUAAAUAUAAAAGCGAAAAGGUACAGAAUUGCAUUAGUAAAUAAAUAAUAAAAUGUGUACAGAAAUAACUAUGUAUUGUAUACAACAUCGAAUAAAUUCCAAUUUUGACAUUUAACGUUAUUACAGUAAUCCGUAAGUUAAAUGCAAUAAUUUUUAUAAACAUUGGAAAAGAAACAAAUGGCACAUUA